CGAACGAACACGUGCAUAACCUAUAAAUUUUUCAAAAUGUCAGAAUCAGAGGAGCUGAGAGAAAAUGAAAAUAUUGAUAAAAAGCCAUUAUUUCGCGAUUUUACUGCUGAUGAAUCUGAACCUGAAUCAACGGUAAUUGAAAGUUUAUGUAUGAACUGUGGAAAAAAUGGCGUUACAAAGCUACUGCUUACAAAAAUUCCACAUUAUAAAGAAAUUGUAAUCUCGUCUUUUGCUUGUGAAUCAUGUAAUUAUCAGAAUAAUGAAAUUCAAAAUGCAGGAAAAAUCGGAGAAAAAGGAAUUAAAAUAACUCUAAUUGUUUCAAGUAUUAGAGAUUUAAAUAGACAAGUGGUAAAAUCUGAUUAUACUUCUGUGAGAAUACCUCAUUUAGAUUUUGAAAUUCCAGCACAAUCACAAAAAGGCGAGGUUACUACAGUAGAGGGAAUAAUUGAACGCAGUAUUGCUGGUUUAGAGCAAGAUCAAGCAAAAAGAAAAGAAGAAAAUGCGGAAAUAGCCGCACAAAUUGAAAUAUUUAUUGAAAAACUCAAAUUUCUCAAGGAAUGUCAAGAAUCAUUUAAAAUAAUAUUUGAAGAUAUUUCCGGAGAUUGUUUUGUGGAAAAUCCUAUUAUGCCACUUAAGGAUACAAAUUGUGAAACAACAUAUUUUAAACGUACUUUAGAACAAAAUCACAGUUUAGGAAUUUUUCCUGAAAAUGAAGAUAAAUUAUUAAAACCAAUUGAGGAAGGAGAAUUUCCAUUAGAAGAAAUUGAAGGCGAAGUUUUAACUUUUCCAACAAAUUGUCCAGAAUGCAAUAAUCCUUGUGAAACAAACAUGAAAGUGACCAACAUUCCACAUUUCAAAGAAGUGGUAAUAAUGGCAACAACAUGCGAAAUUUGUGGACAUCGUACAAACGAAGUGAAAAGUGGUUCGGGAAUAGAACCAAAAGGUGCAAAAAUCGAAGUAAAAAUAACAGGUAAAAAAGAUUUUAGUCGCGAUAUUUUAAAAUCAGACACAUGUCAUAUGGAAAUACCGGAAUUGGAAUUAGAAGUUGGUCCCACAACACUUGGUGGUAGAUUUACAACAGUCGAGGGAAUUAUUAUAUCAAUAAAAGAACAACUCUCAAAUUCAACGGCAUUUAUCGGCGAUUCAAGUGAUAAAGAAACUAUUAAUAGAUUAGAGAAAUUUAUUUUUCAAUUAAAUGAAAUUCUCGAUGGUAAAAAAGAAGUAACAUUAAUUUUAGACGAUCCUGCUGGUAAUAGUUUUAUUCAAAGUUUAUCUGAUAAUGAUGAACCAGAUGAUAGAUUAAAAAUCACAAAAUAUGAGAGGAGCUUUGAACAAAACGAAGAACUUGGAAUUAAUGAUUUAAAUGUAGAUAAUUAUUAAUUUUUGUACAUUUUUAAAAAAAAAUUAAAUUAACAUUUUAAUUAA